UGCCCAGCGCGGGCUGACAGUCUGGGUGUAUGUGCCUCGCAAUGAUCCGGCAACGCUAGAGAUGCGGGCGCAUCUGGAGAGCUUCUGCAGGCGUGCGAUAGUGCGGCGGCGUGGGGCAGAGGCAGUGGAGGAGGUCACGUGCCACUCUAUUGGUACGGUGUUCUGUCCGCCCACGCAGCGCAACCGCGGGUAUGCUACAGGUCUGAUGCGGGCGCUGGCGCAGGAGCUGCAAGAGCUCCGGGGCGUGUCGAAUCUGUACUCCGACAUUGGCGCCGAGUUCUAUGCCAGGCACGGCUGGCACGUGUAUUCGCCGGUCAGCGUGCGCUUCACGCAGGCUUUGCCUUCUGGCGCGGCUCCUGAGAUCGCAGCCUACGCCGAGCAGGACUGCGAGAGGGUUGUGCAGCAGAUGCAGGCGCUGCCAGUCUCUGCCAGUCAUGUGCAUGUGGCAAUUCUGCCUGAGGCAUGCGUCUACGCGUGGCACUUUGCCAGGGCUCGCUUUGAAUGUUCGAUAGUGCAUGGCAGCGACCUGCGCCUGGAGCAUUUUGGGGCAGCGCUUGCUGACGGCAGCUUCCUGGCGUGGACCUAUGAUGUGCGGCAGGGCACUGUGGUGGUGUUGCGGGCGGCUGUGGAAAGCCAGGAAAGUCUGUUGGCGCUAACAGCAGCCGCCAUGGAAGUGGGUAGGAAGGUGGGGUUCAAUGAACUCGUUUUCUGGAACCCUCCUUUUGAGCAGGCCCUAAUUGCUGCUGGUGCCGAGCGGGUUGUGCGCACGGGCAGCCUGCCGAGUCUGUGUGUGUUUGGGGAGGAGGACGGCGAGCACGUGGAAUGGUUGCUGAACGAAAAGUUUCCAUGGGUAUAGAAUUUUUUUACUUUUGUUCUCAGCCUUUGCUCUGACUAUCAAGGAAUGUCUUAGAAUGCAAGAUCAACAUCUAAAACACGUGAAGCGACGUGGCAA